AUAACAUUAGCUAAAAAAAAUAACACAAAAUGGAGGAGAUCGUCCCCAAAAAAACUUCAUAACCACCUAAAUUCUACUCCACACCUGUUCAUCCCAUUUAUUAACAUCUUGUUUAUUCCAAUCAAGCAGGAAAUUGCUACCAAUUCUUGUUGCCGCGAUUUCAAAAGGCGAGGCUUAACGUGAUGCCUAGGAAUGCCAUGCUUUCAAAUGUGAACUGCAGAAUUCAGGGUGCAUUGGAACUCAGUCUGCCCAGUGAGGAGUUUGUUUCAAAAUUGCUCAAAAGAAAAUGGGCACUAAGAAGCCCCACCUCCAAAGUUCACCAAAUAUUGAUAUCAAAUCACUGUACAGAGCAGCGAGAUGUGUUUGACAGUGCUUCUUUUGUCAUUGAUCAACGACCUUCUUUGGGCACAAUUUCAGUCGAUGUAAACCACUAUCAGGCAUCCUUUUAUGUGGUGAGGGAUGAUUUGUUACAUCCCAUGGUGAAUGGUAACAAGGCAAGGAAGUUGGAUGCAUUGCUCCCUCUCCUAGUGGAUAACUCAAUAACUGAUGUGGUUACAUGUGGAGGUUGUCAAAGUGCACAUGCAGCUGCUGUUGCUGUUUCAUGUGCUGAGAGGGGACUGAAGUCGCAUUUACUUCUUCGUGGUGAAGAGCCAGAAACUCUUACUGGCUACAAUUUAAUUUCCACAAUGUAUGGCAAUGUUAAAUAUGUCCCUAGAUCAUUGUAUGCCAGAAGAGAAGAAAUGCUCGCGUUACAUGCCAAUAAGACGGCUGGCGAUGAAGGACUAAUAGUCUCGCUUGGUGAAAUUCUGGAGGCUUCAUUGUCUGACCAAGGAUUUGGCAAACAAUCUUUCCAACCGACAGCUCAUAUACGUGCAGAAAGUGAAAAGAAGGUGGUGAUUGUUAAUGAAGGUGCUGGGGAUGCUGUAGGGUUAUUAGGUGUAAUGCGCCUUGUGGACUACUUGUCUCGGGAACAUUUAUUUGGAAGAAAUCAAUCACUAAGAAUUAUUGUGGAUGCUGGCACAGGAACUACUGCCAUUGGUUUAGGACUUGGAGUUGUUCUACUAGGGCUCCCUUGGGAAGUAACUGCAGUCAUGCUGGCUGACACUAUUGAGGGAUAUAGAAAAAAGGAGGAAAGUCUAAUAUCAGAAUUUUGUUUGACUUUUAAUUUUCCUAAUCCUGACCAAUUCUUAAGAAAAGGACGUGAUGGAAUCGUUCACUGGGUAGAACGUCUCGCUCCAAGAAAUGUUGGACAGAUUUGGCAAUGUGUUGAGAGGUGAAGUGAAGAAAUGCCAAAUUAUUGCUCAGGAAACAGGUAUUCUGGUUGAUCCUGUAUACACCCUAGCUGCCUGGGAAUCUGCUAUGCAAUUUAGUCGGGAUGAAAGUUCAAAGGCAGCUGUGAUGCUUCACACCGGAGGAACACUUGGUAUGUUUGGAUUAGCUCAGAGGUACAGAUCCUACUUUCAAACGUUGAAAGAGUGAAUCUGUGAAUGAAUCUAUCUGUCCCACUGAUAAUGACAUUGAAGAAGUUGCUCUGUGUCAUUAAUCUGCAUUUCUGCGGGGAAACCUCCACCAGUUAUGCUCUUUUGGUGGCUUUCUUAUGAUCAUUAUAUAGACAAACAGGAGCUGCUAUAAGCUUUGAUGAGGGAUGACUGUAAUUUAUCAACAAAUGUUAUCUACAAAAACUACAGCCCUACUUGGGAUUAUGUUGUCAGAACCCGACUAGGAAUUGGACUAGCAGAGUGACCCGGUAAGGUUAACUCAGCCAAGGGAUGCCAAUUGACCAAAAAAGAAAAAUGACUUGCUCUUUUUUAUUUUUCAUUUUUUUUUCAUUUUUUUAAUUAUAUGAUGAUCCAUUUUCAUUUUUUGCAACCUUUCCCAUAAAAUAGAAAAAGUAGGAUACCUUUUUGUUGUUUC